AUGAGACAGCGAGGGGCCACGCCACCCCCGGCCCUGAGCGGCGUCCGCACCUGCCAGGAGAGGCUGGGGGCCGGGGUUCGGCCGCAUGGGAAGGGGCGGCCCAGCCCCGGCCCCUCGGCGUCCGCCCUGGCCCCGCCGCUGGGGCAGGAACCGGGACCGGAGGUUUCCGCCCGGCGCCGCCAAGCCCGCCAGGGGCCUAGCUCGGGCUCCCAAGGGCCCGUCCGCGGCGGCGGGGGCGCGCAACCGCCUUCCGGCCCGGCCCGCCGAGCCUCCCCGCGGCGAGCGCGGUGGCGCCCGCACCUGCCCCGCGCCCUGCCGCAGCCCCGGCCAGUCGCUUCACCCACCUGGCGCCCCCGCCGCGCCUCCCGUACGUCACAGCGCGACCCCGUGCCCCUCGGCACCCGCAGCGCGGGAGCGAGCGGACGCCGGGAGACCCUGCUCGGCAGUCGCCGCAGCCGCCCGGUUCGUCGCCAGGCCGCCGACAGCGAACCUGUUGCGCAGCGUGUCACGGCCGCUCGGGCUUCGCGGCGCCGCCUCAGCCCCACAACAACAUGGCGGCCGCGGCCUCCGCAGGAAGCCGGGGGGCGGGGAGGUAGGCGACGGGCCGGGCGGCUGACGGCCCGCCCGCCAGCCCGCGGCCGGCACCGACUCCCCCACCGUCGGGAACCCGAAGUUGGCCCGCGCGCGGCUCCUCACCCCCAAGAGUCCCGGGGCACCGAACCCCGCGGGCCUGGUGCCAGAGUUCCGCUCUCCCCUCGGGGAGGCCCCGAAGCCCCGGGACCCGGCAGCCCUUCCUGGACCAGCGACGGCCCACCUGGCUCCUCCUCCCCGAGUUUGGAUGCCUUUUAUUUCUUCUUCUUACGUGAUUGCUCUGACCAGGACUUCCAAUGUUAUGUUGAGCAAACACUGCUUCUCUCAACAUGGAAAAAGCCCAGGAUUGCCCUCAUGGAGAGAGAGGCCACAAAUCCCAGCCUUUCCAGACAUCCCAAAUGAAGUCCCAGAUAUGUGAGUAAGGUCAUCUUAGGCCAUCCCACCCCAGCUGACUGCAGCCACGAAAGUAACCCGGGCAAGACCAGCACAGCCAACCCAUAGUAUUGUGAGAAAUAAUAAACUUUUGCAAGCCACUGUUUCUAAGUGUU